AUGUCCACUGAAGAGACUGAAUAUCCUCAGAGGAUUCUGCAGUACAUGGAAGGCUUUCUGGUGUCUAAGACCAUGUUUGCGGCCUGUGAGCUGGGAGUGUUUGACCUGCUGCUAGAGGCAGGAUGUCCUCUCUCUUCCAAGGCCAUCGCUAAGCAGCUGGGAGCCAGCACUGACGGUAUAGACCGGCUCCUCACUGCUUGUGUGGGACUUCAGCUCCUGCAAGUGGAGAGACACCAACAGGGGGAAGGUACAGUCUUGUACGGCAACACUGGAAUCUCCAAGAUCUACCUGACCAAAUCCAGCCCCAAAACACUCUAUCUCAUACAAUAUGAGUCGCAAACCAUCUACCGUUGCUGGUUCUACCUGACUGACGCCAUCAGGGAAGGGAAAAACCAGUAUAAAAGGGCGUUCGGUGUGUCUGCGGAAGAGAUCUUCGAUGCCCUCUAUAGGUCGGACGAGGAGAUGAUGAAGUUUAUGCAGCUGAUGAAUUCUGUCUGGAACGUUUGUGGGACAGACGUGGUGACGGCCUUCGACCUUUCCGGUUUUACCACCAUCUUUGAUCUCGGAGGAUGUACUGGUGCCAUUGCCAAAGAGUGCUUGUCCGCCUACUCACAGGCAAGAGUAACCAUCUACGACCUGCCUAAAGUGGUCAAAAUGGCAAAAGAACAUUUUGUGGCUCAGGAGGAAACGAGAAUUUCAUUCCAUGAAGGUGAUUUCUUCAACGAUCCCAUACCCAAUGCCGAUCUGUACAUCCUGGCCAGAGUCAUCCAUGACUGGACUGAGGAGAAAUGUGUGCAACUGCUCACCAGAGUCAACAAAGCAGGGAGACCAGGCAGUGGAGUGUUGCUGAUCGAAGCUCUACUGAAUGAGGACAGGAGUGGACCCCUGAGCACACAGCUCUACUCUCUCAACAUGCUGGUCCAGACCGAGGGGAGGGAGAGGACAGCCAUUGAGUACACCGCGCUGCUGGAGGGAGCCGGCUACAGAGACGUGCAAGUCAGGCGGACAGGGAAGCUGUACGAUGCCAUCUUGGGCAGGAAGUGAAGGCGGAUGGACAGAGGGACAGACAGAAGAACGACGCUUAGUUUCCUGUCACCAAACUG